UAGCUCGGCCGUACUGCUCGUACACGUGAAUUGUGUUAAUUCAAUAAUUGACGUUAUGAUAUAAUAAUUAUUAUGGGGAAAACAAAGAAGAAUCGACCAAAAAGAGGAGACCCUAUCUUUACGAGUGGACCACUGGCAGAGCAAAUAGAAAAUGAAGACACUCUCAAAGUCUCUCAACGGGUAAAGGAUCGUAGACGAAAGGAUGAAGAAGACUGUUUUGUUGAUGACAAACUUUCAAGAAAGAUCUUGGAGCAAGCAAGGAUUCAACAGGAUGAACUUGAAAUUGAACAUGGCAUGACAAGACUUGGUCCGUCUAAGAAGCCUGCUACAAGUCUUGGCCCUACAAGGACUGGUGGUUCAGAUGAUGAGGAGGAAGAAGAACAAGAGUUGGCCCAACAUGAGGGUCAGUUCUUCGAUGAGAUUGAUGUAGAUGAAGAAGAUGAGAGGGCGCUUGAACAGUUCAUGGCAAAGGAUGCACCAAUGAGACGGACUCUAGCUGACAUCAUCAUGGAGAAACUAACAGAGAAGAAGACAGAGGUAGCAUCACAGAUGACAGAAUCUGGAAUGGCUCUUCCUGAGCUGGAUGAUCGUGUUGUGCAGGUUUACAAAGGUGUAGGCCAGAUUCUCUCUCGGUAUCGUAGUGGUAAACUACCCAAGGCAAUUAAGAUUCUCCCAGCACUAAAAUCAUGGGAACAGAUAUUGUAUAUCACAGAGCCUGACAAAUGGACAGCUGCUUCUAUGUAUCAAGCAACAAGAAUCUUUUCCAGUAAUCUGAAUGCUAAGAUGGCUCAAAGGUUCUACAAUCUGAUUCUACUGCCAAGAAUACAGGAUGAUAUUGCAGAAUACAAGAGAUUGAAUUUUCACCUAUAUAUGUCAUUAAAGAAGGCUCUAUUCAAACCAGCUGCUUUCUUCAAAGGAAUCCUCCUUCCCCUUUGUGAGUCUGGAACUUGCACUUUACGUGAGGCAGUCAUUGUUGGUAGUGUUAUUGCCAAAUCAACCAUCCCUGUUCUUCACUCCUCUGCCGCCAUGCUGAAACUUGCUGAGAUGGAUUACAGCGGAGUGAAUAGUAUCUUCCUCAGGAUUCUCAUUGAUAAGAAGUAUGCACUUCCUUUCAGGGUCAUUGAUGCUGUGGUAUAUCACUUUCUUAGGUUUGUUCAUGACAAGCGCCAGCUACCAGUCUUGUGGCACCAGGCUUUUCUAGCAUUUGUUCAAAGAUAUAAGGAAGAUAUCUCGUCAGAACAGAAGGAGGCCCUUAUGGAGUUGCUUCGGGCUCACACCCAUCCAUCAAUAACAUCAGAAAUCCGCAGGGAAAUUGUUAACUCAAAGUCACGAGACUGUGAAGAACCUAUGGGUACAGACUGAGGUCAUACAACUUGGCCUGACCAAAAAUAACGGGAAGUUGCAUUUUUCAGCAAAGAAGGAAUGCGUUUAUACUGUUGGAAUCAUAGAGAGGAACCUUGAGAGCUUUCCUAGUUCAUUCAUUAGGAAGAUUGCACGUAUCUUUGUAAACUGUGAAAACAAAAUACAUUGUGUUUUUUGACAUAAUUGUGUUUAUUUGAUGUCAUCCAGUGCUUAAUGACCAUUGAUGAAUGAUAUGUCACUCAACCAAUCUCAUAUAUUAGGUUUUUGUUAUAUUCAUAAUCCUCGUUAAAUAUUUCGAAGUGGUCUGAUAUCCCAUGAUACAAAUAGUGGCUUGUUUUCUCCAAAGGGGUCUUGUUACAAAACCAUGGGCUAUGCAGAUUUUGUGAAUAAAAUUAAGCUUAUUUCAUCGUGUUUAUUCUGAAAAGUCCAGUUAAAAAUGUGUGCUUUUGGCAACGGGUGCGAAAUUCAUGCUUGAAUGAAUCGCGAUAAUACAAGAAAUCUGCAUAAUCCAUGGUUUUGUACCAUUGGUACAUUUGAAACCUCUGGUGAGAAUUCUUGCCAGUAUGUUUUCUCUCUUUUUUAUCGAGAUGCCUGUACAAAUACAAAACAUACUAGGCAUUGUGCAUGUGGGAAUGAAUUUUUUUUUUCAAAGAGUAGUGAAAAAUAUAGUGUCUCUCAGAACAUGAUGGAGAGUAUUUCAGGAAGUACAUUAUCUCAUUGGUGAUUUAAUCUGAUAAAUUCUGAGCCAAUCAGAUACAAGAAUUUCAAUAGUUUACAACAAUUAGUGGAAAUCAGUAAUUUUUGUCUCGCUAGACUACGAGCAUCUCUUUUCCAAUCGUGCGGCGGCUUCAUCAACUUUGACAUCUUAGCCAAGGUUAGGUUUUUUCACUGUCAUAAUUCAAUACGUAUACCUAAUUCAUUACACUAUGACAUAUGGCUAAUCAAGUAUCACUCAUCAUCUUGCAUGCAUUUCAGGUUACAUGAUCAAGGUCAAAGAUCAUCUAGGUUCACCUAUUUGUGGGUAUCUACACAGAAAUCUUAACCAAGUUUAAGUUUUUAAAAUGUCUUCAUAACAUAGAAAGUGUAUGAGCCUAUUUCAUGAAACUUGGGGGCAUAUCAAGGGUAAUUAGCUAUCAUUGAUCAUCUUGCACUAGUUUCAGGUCACAUGAAGGUCAAAGAACUUUGAUAAUAUGGGUAACAACAGUGAAUUCGUAGCCAAGGUGUUUAUGAAAUGUCAUAACUUUGAAAGACUAAUGAUGUAUUUCGUGAAAUUUUGAUUUAAGGGUAAUCAACUAUCACUGAUUAUCUGGCAAAAGUUGCAGGCCACAUUGCCAAGGUCAAAGGUCAUUAGGGUCAAUGAACUUCAAGAAGUAUGUUGUGCUAUGAAAAAAAAUGGUUAAGGUUUUGAAUUUUCAAGAUAAUUUUGAAAGUAUAAGGCCCUAUUCCAUUGGUAUUUCAUAUAAUGGUUAUAAAGUAUCAGCAAAUGGAUGAAUGGUUACUAGGCAAAGGUCAAGAUUCAUUUGGGGUCAACAAUUUGAAAUUAUACUUAAGUAUUUUGCAUAGCAUCGAUGGAUGUAAUUGUCAACAGGUAUCAGAAAUUAGAUGAGUAUAACUUCAAGAGCAAAGGUCAUUUCAGAUCAAUUAACCUGGAUAAGAAUUAUAUUUUAUUGGAUGGCUCAGAAUGGAAUACAGGAAUAUUCCUAGAGUUCAGGAAAAUAUUCAACAAAUCGCAGAUGAGUGGAAUAUUGGCCCUAACAAGAGGAAUAUUAUUGGUAUUUCAUGAAAUAAAGCCAUCCAAUAUAAUUAUUAUCAUCUAUCCCUCCCCCCCUAAAAAAGAGGGAGCAAUUUUAUUGAACAAGUCAUAGAUCAUUUAUCACAUUGUGCCAUCAUCAUUUCAUAGGAUCAAUUUUGGUCGUCGACAUGCGACUGGCAUGUAGCUCAUUAUGACGUCAUCAAGCGUAAUUGUGCUCUAUGCUGCGCAUUGAAUUGCUUUCAUUGUUGUACGCCUUGUAUGUUUACGCAUUCGUGCAUGCGCAUUGAAUGCUCUCAUAUUCAAUACGGUAGCAAAUUGUGUACAGGAGCCUAUGGGAUAUUCGUCAGAUUUCGGUCCUUUUUACGGAUAUGCUCUCAUACUGCACGGGAAAUUGAUGCAGACCAAAUACACGUUUUUAAUGCAUUGCUAGAACACUCUAUAUAGAUGAUAAUGGAUAUUUCUUUCAUUAUUUUUUUUUUAUUUAAGCAUAUUAAAUGAAACUUUAUGAGAAUGUAAUUGGAUAUCACAAAUGAUAUUAAAUGAAAUACUGUAUAAGUUUCUUUGUCAAGGAACCUAAGAUUUUUUAUCAGAUGUGUUUUUUUUUUCUCUCGAGAAGAAAACAAUUGUUUUGAAAGACAUCACUGUUUCUAUACUGGAUUGCGUAAUGCAGGUGACAUUGCUAGAGGUGUUUCACUUGUGUAUGGACAAGUCCACCUUAAAAAGUUGAUUUGAAUAAAAAGCAUAAAACUGAAAAUUUCAUCAAAAUCGGAUGUAAAAUAAGAAAGUUAUGACAUUUUAAAGUUUUGCUUAAUUAUCACAAAACUGUUACAUGCGCAUCGUGUUGGGUAUGCAAAUGAGGAUACUUAUGACGUUAUCCACUCACUAUUUUUUUUGUUAUUUUAUAAAAUAUGAAAUGUUCAAAUUUUCUUUCCAUUGUCAAGUGAAAAAACGAUUGAUACCACCCUGAACAUGAGAAUUAACAUUAUUUAAUACUAUAUGGUUCAGUCAAGUUGGUCCAUAUUGUCAAAUCUGU